AUGGGGGAAAAUGGUGAGUUAACAACACUGGCGAUGCAAAGGCCCAGAGCAUUUCUUCGUGUUACUUGUUACCACCAUGAAGGCGUCGUGCUGCCCCUCGUUCAGACCCCAUUAUUGAUCCGGCGGGGUAAAUCGGAGAGGAGCCCAGAUCUACGGCCCAGCAGCGCCAACAGGACGUCAGCCAGCAGGUCCUUUUACUGCGUCGAAAGAAACCGCUACUUAAACCUGUCAAAGGAAAAAUCACUGAUGUUAUCUCUUCGCCACAAAAGUAAGGAGCUUGCUCAGUAUGGAAAUGCAUGUAACCAGCCAGUGCGAGGUCUCAACAUGCAUGUCGUCAUGAAGGGGAAGGGGGUUUGUUGUCGUUUUUUGGUGCCGUCAUCUGCACAGCAGCCAAAAUAG